AUGUUUUCUCAACUCGCAUCAAAAAGAAAUUCACUUACUAUAAUUAAUUUAUUUUUACGUCAUGAAAGUACUUUAUAUUCUCAUAAUACUAAUAAAAAAUCAUCAACAUUUAUUCCUGGUAAACAAGAAUUUGACUUGACCAUUCCAAAGAAAGAAGAAAAUGUUCAACAAUAUAAAGAGGAAUCCAUUAAAGAAUUUGAUUUAGCCAUUCCAAAGAAUGAAGAGGAAUUAGAAUUAAGACGGAGAAAAGAAGAAUGGCAUGACAAAAUAAAACAAGAAAGACGAGAUAAAUUAAAUAAAAUUCAUGAAACAAUUAAAAUUUUAUCUUUGUCUUCUGACCAAAAUGAAUUUUGUACUCCUGAAUAUCGCGCAAGGAAAAGAGAAAAUGCUCUUAUAAAUUAUCAUAAACGUGAAUCAGAAAAACGGAGGGAAAGAAGAAUAAAUCUAUUAACAUUAUACUAUAAUUCCUCUGAUUUUGUUACUCUAAAUAAUUUGGAUACAAAGAUUGCCGAUAUGUAUAAUGACGUAAGACAACCUUUUACAACAACCCUUGAAGAUAUGCAAAUUGAUUAUCAGGAGGGUGGUGGAAUAAUUGAUGAUUUAGAGCUUAAAAGAAGAUUGGAUAAAAUUAAAGAUACUUUAAGUGGUACCGCUCAAGGCGGAAAGCAAAAACUCGGUUUGGAUAAAAUUGAAAAAUUGCAAGAAAUGUCAGAGACAAAUCGCGUGGAACCUUUAGGUUCAAGUAUAGAAACAGAGCCAAAUCUUGUGCAAUCAGAAUCAUUAGAUUCUUAA